AUGCGAGCGGCGGCGGAAGCGGAAGUGCCUCAGCGGUGGGGGCCGGGAAGUGUCUGUAGCGUCCCUCCCUCUCAACCACAAUAACAGGCGGAGGGUCGGAGUAGGUACUUUGAACUCAAGUAAACAAAAGGGAAGAUAUUCUCGUUGAUACUGGAGACUGCACAACAAUGGGGCCACGAAAGAAAAGUGUGAAAACAUGUAUCAUGAAUAAUGAAAUUCCAGAAGAAAUGACCGCAGAUGAAACAAAGGACUAUAUGAAUCAACUUUCACAUGAAGUACUUUGCCAUAUUUUUAGGUACCUCCCUCUGCAGGAUAUCAUGUGUAUGGAAUGUCUUUCCCGGAAGCUAAAGGAAGCAGUGACCCUAUAUCUGCGAGUUGUGAGAGUUGUAGAUCUCUGUGCAGGGCGGUGGUGGGAAUACAUGCCAAGUGGCUUUACAGAUUCCAGUUUUCUAACACUAUUAAAGAAGAUGCCAGAUGUUGAACAGCUAUAUGGCCUUCACCCUCGAUACCUUGAGAGGCGAAGAGUAAGGGGCCAUGAGGCUUUUAGCAUUCCAGGAGUCCUAGAAGCUUUGCAGGCAUGCCCAAACUUAGUGGGUGUGGAAACUUCUCAUUUGGAGUUGGUAGAAUCCAUUUGGACAUAUAUGCCCCAUGUUCAUAUUUUGGGGAAAUUUCGUAAUCGUAAUGGAGCUUUUCCAAUUCCUCCUGAAAAUAAACUGAAAAUUCCUAUAGGAGCCAAAAUUCAAACUUUACACUUAGUUGGGGUGAAUGUUCCUGAAAUUCCUUGUAUCCCAAUGCUAAGGCACCUUUAUAUGAAGUGGGUAAGACUCACUAAACCACAGCCAUUUAAAGACUUCCUUUGUAUCAGCUUAAGAACUUUCGUCAUGAGGAACUGUGCAGGACCCACAAAUUCCUUGAAAUAUGUCCCUUUAGUAACAGGCUUAGCCUCUGCCCGAAACUUGGAACACUUAGAAAUGGUUCGAGUUCCUUUCCUUGGAGGUCUUAUCCAACAUGUUGUUGAAGACAGUUGGAGAUCAGGUGGUUUUAGAAAUUUGCACACUAUUGUUCUGGGAGCUUGCAAAAAUGCUCUUGAAGUAGAUCUUGGUUACCUCAUCAUUACUGCUGCCCGUAGGUUACAUGAAGUUCGGAUCCAGCCUUCCCUAACCAAAGAUGGUGUCUUUUCUGCCCUAAAGAUGGCAGAGUUGGAGUUCCCCCAGUUUGAAACCCUUCAUCUAGGAUAUGUAGAUGAGUUUUUGCUACAGAGCAGAAUGGCUAAUGCGGAUCUGGUGAAGUAUGGUUUGGCUGAUGUGGUAGAAAAUCCUGGUAUCAUCACUGAUAUAGGGAUGAAAGCAGUCAAUGAAGUUUUUUCCUGUAUCAAAUAUCUGGCAAUUUACAAUUGCCCUCAUCUACACAACCCAUACAAUUGGAUCUCAGACCACUCAAGAUGGACUCGAUUGGUUGAUAUCAACCUAGUACGGUGCCAUGCUUUGAAGCUGGACUCUUUUGGCCAGUUUAUUGAAUUGUUACCCAGCCUAGAGUUUAUUUCACUGGAUCAGAUGUUUCGUGAACCACCCAAGGGUUGUGCUCGAGUUGGUCUGAGUGCAGGCACAGGAAUUGGUGUUUCAUCAGCUCUUGUUAGCAACCAGAACUCCAACAAUGACGAUAAUAAUGCCCAGAAUAACAAUGCCAACAUCCACGACAACAAUCACCAUCACCCAGAUGACUCAGACGAGGAGAAUGACUUUCGGCAAGAUCUACAGCCAGGAGAGCAGCAGUUUGCAGCUGAUGCAUUAAAUGAGAUGGAAGACAUCGUCCAAGAAGAUGGAGAGGUGGUGGCCGAGAGUGGAAAUAAUACUCCAGCUCACAGCCAGGCAAUUAUUCCUGUGGAUGUUGAUGAGGAACAAGCAGGACCCAGUGGUCUUCAGCGUGUAGUAAAACCAACCCCAAUUACUGUUCAUGAUUCAGAGAGUGAUGAUGAAGAAGAUAGUCUAGAACUCCAAGAAGUCUGGAUUCCUAAGAACGGUACUCGGCGUUACUCUGAACGUGAAGAAAAAACUGGAGAGUCAGUGCAGUCCAGGGAAUUGUCAGUAAGUGGAAAAGGCAAGACUCCACUUCGAAAGAGGUACAACUCCCAUCAGAUGGGCCAGUCGAAGCAGUUUCCCCUCGAGGAAAGCAGCUGUGAGAAAGGCUGUCAGGUCACCAGUGAGCAGAUCAAAGCCGAUAUGAAAGCAGCUAGGGAUAUUCCUGAAAAGAAAAAAAACAAGGAUGUUUAUCCCAGCUGCAGCAGCACCACCGCCAGCACAGUGGGAAACUCCAGCUCACACAGCACUGCUUCUCAAAGCCCCGACUUUGUAAGGACGGUGAACAGCGGCGGCUCUUCCGAGCCUAGCCCUACAGAAGUGGAUGUGUCCAGGCAGUGUACCUGCUCCCCCGGUGGGUCAGAGGACUCUGAGGCCAUGGAGGAGGGAGAUGCAGAGAGUUCUGUCUGCCCCAGAUGCUGCUGUCACAGGCCCCAGGAAUCUCAAAGGAGAACUAGCAGGUGUUCUGAUGAGGAACGUCCUUCAACCAGCCGAGCCUGUGUUGUGAAUGGCCCGGAUGGUACGAGAUCCGCCUUUUCCUUUAGGACUCUGCCACAAGGGGGGUCUUCAGGCCCAGCACAUGAUGAGAGGACUAAUGGGAGUGGCUCUGGGGCUACAGGUGAGGACAGGAGGGGGAGCUCCCAGCCUGAGAGUUGUGACGUGCAGUCUAAUGAAGACUACCCUCGGAGGCCCCUAACCAGGGCCAGGAGCAGACUGUCCCAUGUACUGCUGGUAUCUGAGUCAGAAGUAGCCAAAACAAAGCCACGUCACGCCAUGAAACGGAAGCGGACAGCAGAUAAAUCCACCAGUACAAGUGAUCCUGUGAUCGAGGAUGACCAUGUGCAGGUUCUUGUAUUAAAAUCCAAGAAUCUUGUUGGAGUCACUAUGACCAAUUGUGGAAUCACAGAUCUAGUGCUAAAAGACUGUCCGAAGAUGAUGUUCAUCCAUGCUACCAGGUGCAGGGUACUAAAACAUUUAAAAGUAGAAAAUGCACCAAUUGUAAACCGAUUUGACUAUGCACAGUGCAAGAAACUGAACAUGGAUCAGGUACUAGACCAGAUACUAAGAAUGCCACCGGAGAGAAACCGCAUCAUAUACCUACGCCCAAUGCAGCAGGUGGACACUCUAACUUUGGAGCAGAAGCUAUUUAGUGGUCCCUACCCCUAUCACAUCUGUAUUAUCCAUGAAUUCAGUAACCCUCCCAAUGUCCGGAAUAAGGUGCGCAUUCGCAGCUGGAUGGACACUAUAGCAAACAUCAAUCAAGAGCUCAUUAAAUAUGAAUUCUUCCCUGAAGCCACUCGAAAUGAAGAAGACUUAAAGAAAUACCCCAAGUACCCCUGGGGGAGAGAAAUCUAUACUUUAGAAGGUGUUGUGGAUGGAGCUCCAUAUUCCAUGAUUUCUGACUUCCCUUGGCUGAGGUCAUUACGAGCUGCAGAGCCCAACAGCUUCGCUCGAUACGACUUUGAAGACGAUGAAGAAAGCACUAUCUAUGCUCCUAGAAGGAAAGGACAGCUGUCUGCAGACAUCUGUAUGGAAACAAUAGGAGAGGAAAUUUCAGAGAUGCGUCAGAUGAAGAAGGGUGUAUUUCAGCGAGUAGUGGCAAUUUUUAUCCACUAUUGUGAUGUCAAUGGAGAGCCAGUUGAAGAUGACUACAUUUAAUUGGUCCCUCCUCCUUUCCAGCUAUUUUGUCAGAAAGCAAGUAGGGCCAUCCAGCUGCCAGAGUGCUCCACAGGGACUUGAGGCAUGCAGUUGGGAGGUCCUGGCUCGGUUUGCUAUAUAGGGAAUAUAUAAGGAACAUCGAAAUUGUAUACAAAGAUUUGUACAUAAAAAAUAUACAAAGACGCUUCCUAAAGUACCAACUUUAUAUUAUAUGUUUAUACAAUUUAAUUUAAAAAUGCAUUUUAAUGAAGACAGAUGAUUUGAAAGACUUGCUUUUCUCUUGACUUAAUUCAUGAAAUAUCAUUUUUUGACUGAGUCUCCAUUUACUUCAUUCUUAAUGAUUAUUGUCAUCCCUUUAAAUCUGUGCCUUUUUCUUCUUGAGCGAAGCUGUUUGAGUAAACCUGUUGAAGAGCGUUUGUGUCUUGUGUGCUUUUUUGUUGUUACUAAAACACCAACUAAACCUUAUAGUCAAGACAAGGCUCUAUGUUUCUGUACAAAACUGUAGUUCUUUCUUAGUAUUAUAGUUGCCAUGUGUCUUAAAAUCAAAUAAAAAGACUUAUGAGCUUAAAAAAAAGUGAGUUUGAGAGGGAAAUGGAAAAGUUUCCAAAGUAUUUCUAGUAAUUUAUUUCCACAUUGAAUUGUGUAUAUGCUUUAUCUUGAAUAUAAAAUAAAAGUUUAUUAAAAACUUU